AUUGUACCAUGUGACCAACCAUAAAGAGAAAAAGAAACCACUCUCAACCACGGUGCGGUGGUGCUCCAGAUCGUCAUUGAUGCAAGUCGUUCUGAGCAGCAGAAUUUCUUCAACAGGAAGAUCCCAGUGUUGAUCUGUUUUCAAUGGCAGUUUAACCGCAGUAAUGUCAGAGGAACGAGGAAAGGACGCUCUCUCUAAGAUGAGUCUCUCAGAGAAACAGAGGGAACGUUCAGACUCAGAGGUUUCCAGCUGUGAGUCUGUGAAGAGUGACCAGUCGAAAGGUGAUGUGCCAUAUUUCACUGAAGAAAAACCUACCAAAAGUGAGAGAUCAGAUUCAGAUCCACAUGUGUCUUUCAGUGAGGAAACUCCAUCACAAAUCAAAAGUGAAAGAUCAGGUUCACCAGUAUUCAGCUCUGUGUCUAUGAACAGUGACCGUUCAAAAGGUGAUGGACCAAACUUCAGCGAGAACAAAACAUCACCUGACAAAAGUGAAAGAUCAGGUUCACCAGUAUUCAGCUCUGUGUCUAUGAACAGUGACCGUUCAAAAGGUGAUGGACCAAACUUCAGCGAGAACAAAACAUCACCUGCCAAAAGUGAAAGAUCAGGUUCACCAGUAUUCAGCUCUGUGUCUAUGAACAGUGACCGUUCAAAAGGUGAUGGACCAAACUUCAGCGAGAACAAAACAUCACCUGGCAAAAGUGAGAGAUCAGGCCCACGUGUGUCCUUCAGUGAGGAAAAUUCAUCACAAAUCAAAAGUGAAAGAUCAGGUUCACCUGUGAUCAGCUCUGUGUCUAUGACGAGUGACCGUUCAAAAGGUGAUGGACCAAACUUCAGCGCAAACAAAACAUCACCUGACAAAAGUGAAAGAUUAGUUUCACAUGAGUCUAGCUCUGUGUCUGGGAGAAGUGACCAUUCAAAAGGUGAUGGACCAAACUUCAGUGAGAAGAAGCCAUCAUCUACCAAAAGUAAAAAAACAGGCUCACAUGUGUCCUUCAGCAAGGAAACACCAUCACGAACCAAAAGUGUAAGAUCAGACUCACAUGUGUCCAGUUCUGCAUCUGUGAAGAGUGACCGUUCUAAAGGUGAUGGACCAAACUUCAGUGAGAAAACACCAUCUAAAAAAAGUGUAAGAUCAGGCUCACAUGUAUCCAGUAUCCAGACUGACCAUUCAAAAGGUGAUGGACCGAACUUCAGUGAGGAAACAUCGUCACCUUCCAAAAGUAACAAAGAGCAGAAGACCACAGUAAAUAUUGGUGCAGAAUUUUCACGGUGGAAAGCUCUAAAAGCACAGAAGAAAUUGAAGAGUGAUGUGGAACUGGCAACUUUUCUUCUCAACAGGGUUCAAAUUGAGAAAUCAGACUCGGACUACAAGAAUUACCGCAACCGAAAGGAUUUCAGAGAAAAUCUUCUUUGGAUCUUCAAGGCUGUUGAGAACAAAAUACUCAUAUUUCUGAAGAAUGAGCUGGAAAAGUUUAAGAAAAUAUUAAAAAAAGAGAAUACACAAUACUUUGUGCAGGACUUUACAGAGGAAAUGCGUGAUAUCAAAGAAGCAGCUCUUGAUAUGACACUCUUUUUCUUGAGAGAAAUUAAGGAAGUUGAGGCUGCAGAUAAACUACAAGAUGAGAUGGUCCUCAUUCAUCAGCGACCGCUAAAAUCAAGCCUGAAGAAGAAACAUCAAUCUGUAUCUGAAGGAAUUGCAAAGCAUGGUGACUCCAAGCUUCUGAAUAACAUCUACACAGAUCUCUAUAUGACUCUGGGUGAUAGUAAACAAGUCAAUACCCAAAACGAAGUAAGGCAAGUUCAAGCUGCUGACAGGCGACAUGAAUCACAAGAGAAACCAGUUGAAUGCAAAAAUUUAUUUGAACCACCUGAACAAGACAUGGAGAUCAGAACUGUACUGACAAAAGGAGUCGCUGGCAUCGGAAAAUCCAUCUCUGUGCAAAAGUUUAUUGUGGAUUGGGCUGAAGGAAAAGAAAAUAAGGACAUUACUUUCAUAUUUCCCCUUGCAUUUCGAGAGAUGAACUUAAUGGAGAAAGAAACACAAAGCUUGACAAGUCUUAUAAGUUUUUUUUUUCCAGAGAUAAAAGGACUGAACCUGACAAGUGAUAAAUUUAAAUUCCUCUUCAUCCUUGAUGGAUUAGAUGAAUGUCGUCUUCCUCUAAACUUUAAGGGUAAUGAAAAGUGCCGUGAUGUGUCAUCAAAAGUCCCUCUGGAUGUUCUCCUAACAAACCUCAUCGAGGGAAAUCUGCUUCCUUCUGCUCUCAUCUGGAUCACCACCAGACCAGCAGCUGCCAUUAAGAUUCCUCCUGAAUGUAUUAACCGUGUGACAGAAGUACAAGGAUUCAAUACUGCACAAAAGAAGGAGGAGUACUUCAGAAAAAGAUUCACUGAUGUGGAUUUGGCCAAUGAAAUCAUUGAUAAUGUUAAACAAUCAAAGAGUCUCUUUAUCAUGUGCUACAUCCCUGUCUUCUGCUGGAUUUCAGCCACUGUUCUCCAGAACAUUUUGGAGGAGAAAAGAAAUAAUGAUCUGGAAAACAAUAUGGCUAGUGACUCCUCUAAAACACUGCUGGAAUCAAAUACUGAAGACACUCCCAGGACUCUGACACAGAUGUACACACACUUUCUCCGCUUUCAGAUCCUGCAGAGUCGUCGAAAGUAUGAGGGUGAAUACACACCCAAUAUUUUCUGGGAUAAAAACGCCAUCCUUUCACUGGGGAAAUUGGCAUUUGACCAGCUGCAAAGAAACAAUUUGCUCUUUUAUGACACAGAUCUGGAAUCCUGUGGUAUUGAUGCCUCUAAAGCAUCUCUGUAUUCAGGCAUGUGUACCCAGAUCUUUAAGGAGGAAAAGGGGAUCAUUCUCGGUACCACUUUCUGUUUUGUUCACUUGAGCAUUCAAGAGUUUAUUGCAGCACUUUAUGCACAUCUGUUUCUAGACAUCAACAAGAAAAGUGUGUUUGUUCAUGAGUCUACAGAACAGGAAAACAAAAAUGAAACCAUGGUUGAUUUGCUCAAGACUGCAGUGGACAAGGCGCUCGAGAGUGAAACUGGACACCUGGAUCUUUUCCUUCGAUUCCUCCUUGGUCUGUCACUCCAGACCAAUCGUCCACUCUUACGAGGUCUUUUGACACAGCAAGAUGACAAUGACCAGAGCAACAAGGAAAUAGUUAAGUACAUAAAACAGAAGUUAGAAGAGAAUCUGUCUCCAGAGAGAUCCAUCAAUCUGUUCUACUGUCUGAAUGAACUGAAUGACCAAACCCUGGUGAAAGAGAUUCAAAACCAACUUAACAAAGGAAGUCUUUCAACUGACCUUUCACCUGCCCAUUGGUCUGCUGUGGCCUUUGUUUUGUUGACAUCAGAGGAAGAGAUGGAGGAGUUUGAGCUUCAGAAAUUCAAGAAAUCAGACGAGUGUUUCUUUAGACUAUUGGAAGUUGUGAAAAUCUCCAAAAGAGCUGUGUUAAACGAUUGUAACAUAACAGACAAAAGCUGUUCAAGUCUGGCUAAAGCUCUCGAUUCAGAUAACAGUCUGAAAGAACUGAUUAUGGACAAUAAUAAUCUGCAGGAUGCAGGAGUGAUGCUGCUCUGCACUGGACUGAAGAGUAUAAAGUGUAAAUUGGAGAUACUGAGGCUCAGUAAGUGUGGUCUAACAGAGGAAAGCUGUUCAGCUCUUGCUUCAGUUCUUAGUUCAGACUCCAGCAGUCUAAAGGAUCUUGAUCUGAGCGAUAAUAAUCUUAAGGAUCCAGGAGUGAAGUUGCUCUCUGAUGGACUGAAAGAGAAUUGUAAACUAGAGAAACUAAAACUCUCUAACUGUAGUGUAACUGAAGAUGGGUAUAAAGCUCUGGCUUCAGCUCUGGAAUCGAACCCUUCACACAUGAUAGAGCUGGAUCUCACAGGAAAUGAUCCUGGACAGUCAGGAGUAGAGCAUCUCCUUGAUGUACUACAGAAACCAGACUGUAAACUAAAAAUAAGGUUUUUGAGUCCUGAAGCAGAGCAAGUCUUUCAGGAACUGACUGUUCUGGGUAAAAACCUGUUACUCCUGAGAGAGCUGAAUCUAAAUGAAUGUCAUCUGGGAUACUCAGGAUUGAAGAAACUUGUUCCUGUACUGGAAGAUAAACACUGUAAACUCAACACAAUGAUUCUGAAUGACUCCUCUAUAACAGAAGAAGAUUGUCAUGCUUUAGCUGCAGCUUUAAAUUUAAAUCCUUCAAAUAUGAAAGAGCUGGAUCUAAGUCGGAGUAAUCUCAAAGACUCGGGAAUGAAGAUCAUCUCGUCUCUGUUUUCAAAUGCGGAGUGCAGACUGGAAAAGCUGAAGUUUCAUCACAUUUGUAUUACUCAAGAAGGUUGUGCUGCUCUGGCGUCAGCUUUUAAUUCAAACCCUUCAAACCUCAGAGAGCUGGAUCUGAGUGAGAAUAAAAUAGGAGACUCUGGAGUAACACAAAUUGCCUCUCUACUGGAAAAUCCACAGUGUGCACUGCAGAUACUCAGACUUUCAGACUGCAGUAUCACAGAAGAAGGUUAUAAAUCUCUGGCUUCAGCUCUGAGGUCAAACCCUUCACACCUGAUAGAGCUGGAUCUCACAGGAAAUGAUCCUGGACAAUCAGGAGUGAAGGAGCUCAGCGAUUUACUACAGCUUAAAAAGUGUUCUCUGAAAACACUGAGGUUUUUGAGUCCUGCUGCAGAUGAAGCCUGUCAGUAUGUAAACAGAGUUGUGGGUAAAAACCCUUUACUCCAGAAUGAGCUGAAUCUGAGUGGACAUAAACUAGAAGACUCAAAUGUGAAGCAGCUUGCUGUUUUACUGGAAGAUAAACACUGUAAACUCAACAUACUUCAGCUUAGUAAUAACAGUAUUGCAGAAGAAGGUUGUGCUGCUCUGACUUCAGCGUUUAAUUCAAACCCUUCAAACCUGACAGAGCUGGACCUGAGUAAAAAUAAACUUGGAAACUCAGGAAUAGUGAAGAUCUGUCCUCUUUUGAAGAAUACACAAUGCAGAUUGGAGAAACUCAAACUUUCAGACUGCAGUAUCACAGAAGAAGGUUAUAAAGCUCUGGCUUCAGCUCUGAGAUCAAACCCUUCACACCUGACAGAGCUGAAUCUUACAGGAAAUAAUCCUGGACAAGCAGGAGUGAAGGAGCUCCUUAAUGUACUACAAAAACCAGGCUGUAAACUGACACUGAGAUUUUUGAAAACUGCUGCUGCAGAACAAGCGUGUAAUUAUCUCAGUGGAGUUCUGGGUACAAAUCCAUUAUUACUGAAAGAACUGGAUUUUAGUAAAGAUAAAUUAGGAGAUCUGGAUGGAGAGAAGCUCUCUGCUCUAUUGAUGGACUCCCAUAGCAAAGUGGAAAUAAUGAAACUGAAUAAUUGUGAGCUGACAGAGAAAAGCUGUUCAGUUCUAGCUACUGUUCUCUCCUCCAAAACCAUCCUGAAAGAGCUGAACCUGAACAACAGCCGUCUGCUGGACUCAGGAGUCAAACAGAUCUGUGAGGGACUGAAGAAUCCUGUAUGUGAGCUGAAGAUACUCAAGCUCAUUAAGUGUGAUCUAACAGAGGAAAGCUGUUUGGCUCUUGCUUCAGUUCUUAGUUUAGACUCCAGUAGUCUGAAGGAUCUUGAUCUGAGUGAUAAUAAUCUGAAGGAUUCAGGUGUGAAGUUGCUCUCCGAUGGACUAAAAGAGAAUUGUAAUCUGGAGAAACUCAGACUUUCAGACUGCAGUAUCAGAGAAAAAGGUUAUAAAGCUCUGGCUUCAGCUCUGAGAUCAAACCCUUCACACCUGAGAGAGCUGGACCUCAGAGGAAAUGAUCCUGGACAAUCAGGAGUGAAGGAGCUGUAUGAUUUACUACAUGAUCCAAACUGUAAACUAACUCUGAGGUUUUUGAAUUCUGAAGCAGAUGAAGCCUGUAAGUUCUUGACUGGAGUUCUGGGUAAAAAUCUGUUACUCCUGAGAGAGCUGAAUGUGAGUGACUAUAAAUUGGACUUAAAGAAAGUGAAGCAGCUCGCUGCUCUACUGGAGGAUAAACACUGUAAACUAAACAUAAUUCAGCUGAAAAAUAAUGCCAUUACAGCGGAAGGUUGUGAUGCUCUGACUUCAGCAUUAAUUUUAAACCCUACAAACCUGAUGGAGCUGGAUUUGAGUGGAAAUAUACUAGGAAAAUCAGGAAUGGAGAAUAUAAUUCUUCUGCUUGCAAAUGCACAAUGCACAUUGCAGAAACUAAAACUUUCAGACUGCAGUAUCACUGGAGAAAGUUACAAAACCUUGGCUUCAGCUCUGAAAUCAAACCCUUCACACCUGAUAGAGCUGGAUCUCACAGGAAAUUACCCUGGACUAUUUGGACUAAAGUGGCUCUUUAAAUUACUAGGGGGUGGAAUGACCAUCAGCUUUUUGAGAAGUCCUGCUGCAAAGAAGGCAUGUGAUUAUCUCACUAAUGUUCUGGGUACAAAUCCAUUACUACUGCAAGAACUGGAUCUGAGCAGAAUUGAACUAGGAGACAUGAUUUGGGAGAACAUCUCUGCUCUUUUGGUGGACUCUCAUUGCACAGUGGAGAAAAUAAAGCUGAAUAAUUGUGAGCUGACAAAGAAAAGCUGUUCAGUUCUAGCUACUGUUCUCUCUAAUAAUAACAACCUGAAAGAGCUGAACCUGAACAACAGCUGUCUGCUGGACUCAGGAGUCAUACAGAUCUGUGAGGGACUGAAGAAUCCUGUAUGUAAGCUGGAGAACCUCAAACUUUCAAACUGCAGCAUCAGUCAAGAAGGUUAUAAAUCUCUGGCUUCAGCUCUGAGAUCAAACCCUUCACACCUGAUAGAGCUGGACCUCAGAGGAAAUGAUCCUGGACAAUCAGGAGUGAAGGAGUUCAUUGAUUUACUACAGAAACGCUGGUGUUCUCUGAAAACACUGAGGUUUUUACAAGGUCCUGCUGCAAAAGCCUGUCGGUAUCUCACUGGAGUUCUUGACAAUAAAAACCUUGAGAAACCUUUAGAAAUUCUGUUGUUCUUGAGAGAUAUGAAUUUAAGUGGAUGUAAACUAGGAGACACAGGAGUGAAUCAGCUUGCUAUUCUACUGCAGGAUAAACACUGCAAACCCAGCACACUCAUGCUGUGUGAUUGUGAUCUAACAGAGAAAAGCUGUUCAACUCUCGCUGCAGUCCUGACAUCAAACUCCAGUCUGAAAGAGCUUGACAUCAGCAACAAUAAUCUGCAGGAUUCAGGAGUGAAGAAACUCCAGAACGGAUUAAAAAAUACGAACUGCAGACUGGAGAAACUCAGUCUUUCAGACUGCAGUAUCACAGAAGAAGGUUAUAAAGCUCUGGCUUCAGCUCUGAGAUCAAACCCUUCACACCUGAUAGAGCUGGAUCUCAGAGGAAAUGAUCCUGGACAAUCAGGAGUAAAGGAGCUCCUUAAUGUACCACAUAAAACAGGCUGUAAACUGACACUGAGGUUUUUGAGUCCUGAUGCAGAGAAAGCCUGUCAGUAUGUAAACAGAGUUGUGGGUCAAAACCCGUUACUCCUGAAUGAGCUGAAUCUGAGUAAACAUAAACUAGGAGAUACAAAUGUAAAGUAUCUUGCUGCUCUACUGAAGGACAAACACUGUCAAUUCAACACACUGACUCUGUGUGGAUGCAGUAUUACAGAGAAUCAGUGUUUCACCCUGACUUCAGCUCUGAAAUCAAACCCAUCACACCUGAGAGAGCUGGAUCUCAGUGGGAAUAAAAUUAAAAACACAGGAGUGAAGCUCUUAUGUGACGUACUGAAGGAUUCACACUGUGAACUGGAGAGAUUGAGUUUAAGAGGCUGUGAUAUGACAGAUGAAGGUUGUUCUGCUGUGGCUUCAGCUCUGAAAUCAAACCCGUCACAACUGAGAGAGUUGGGACUGAGCGAGAAUAAACUAGGAGACUCUGGAGUGAAAAACCUCAGUGAUCUACUGAUGCGAUGCAAACUGGAAAUUCUUGAUCUGUGUGGAUGCAGUAUUACAGAGAAACAGUGUCUCAUCCUGACUUCAGCUCUGAAAUCAAACCCAUCACACCUGAGAGAGCUGAAACUCAGUGGGAAUAAACUAGAAAACACAGGACUGAAUCACUUAUGUGAUGUACUGGAGGAUUCACGCUGUAAACUGGAGAGAUUGAGUCUAAAUGAAUGUGGCAUUACAGAUGUUUCUUCUUUAACUCAGUCUUUGACUAAAACCAAAACACUGCAGUUUUUAAAAGAGCUUGAUCUGAGUAACAAUGAAAUAGGAAAGUCAAAGGAGCAACUCAGUAGAGCACUAAAAGACUCAAACUGUAAACUGAGACUAGACAGCGAAAGCUGGCUAAAACAGGCUAGAGGAUGGUUUACAUCCUGGUUUUAAUCUUAGAAACCUGUGAAAUGAAUGAGACCAUCAUAAUCAGGAGGAAGAAGGGUUGGAUCAGAGCUCAGGUGGGAGGGGAGAGAAUGCGCGACCAAUGAAGCACAGACAUAGAACACACUUAUUAUACAGAAUAAUGAAUAUUACAUUUACAUUUAUUCAUUUGGCAGACGCUUUUAUCCAAAGCGACUUACAAGUGAGGAAUACAACA